AUGAAAAAGCGAAACUUGAUAGUGAAAGGCAUGGUUAAAGAAGAAUCGCCAAAUAACGCAUUCAAAAAACUAUGCAAUGAUAAGUUGGGGCUUUACGAUAUAUCAAUUCAAAAUACGCGAUUAAUGUACGAAAAAAACAAUAAAAUGAACAUCGUUGUAAGUCUUGAUACCACUGAGAUGGCGCAGCAGGUGCUCAGAAAAAAUGAGGUAGACUACAUUGUAAAUAAAAUUAAAAAUCAUGUUUUACAUUGGGUGCCUGCAACAAAACAAGCCAGCAGGGGGCGUGCCAGUGGUGGAAUGCUCUAUGGUAUUAAGAAAAAAGUGUAUGAUAAUGGAAUAGCGCAAUUUAAUAAGAUGGCUAAUUUUAUGGUGGUUGAGCUAAAAUUGGAAGAUCAAAAGGCCUACAUUGUUCCAGUGUAUAUAAAUUGUAAUAAUUGGGAUGCUGAUUUCACCGACUUAAGGGACGCACUAUAUGAUAUAGACAAUAUGAAUGUGAUGGUUAUAGGCGAUUUUAAUGGAAGAAUAGGAAAUGAACAAGCUAUUGAGUUUAUUCCAGAAUUACCCCAAGGAAACGCAAAGUUACAAAGAAAUGCAAAAGAUCUAACUCUAGAUAGGAACGGAAAAAAAUUAAUAGAGUUGUUUAAUGCUCUAGGGCUCACAGUAAUGAAUGGUAGAAUUAGUGACGAUUUAGAGGGCGAAAUAACAUUUGCGCGUUAUAGAGCAACGUCAACAAUUGAUUAUUGUGUUUUAAAAGGUUUAUUUCUAAAUAUUAUACAGCAACUUAGUAUACAAGAGAAAAUCUACUCUGACCAUCUACUCGUGGAAGUAACGCUUAAAUUAAAUCAUAUAAACUACUGCAAAAAUAUGAAUCUACUACCUAAGCUUAAAUGGAAAAAACAAUAUUUGAACUUAUAUCAGAUUAAUCUUGACCAAUUAUUGAACAGUAAUGUAAUGUGUGAAGCUACAGCUGAUGAAAUGAUAGCAGCACUUACAACAGAAAUAAAUGAAGCUGCUAGUCCAUUACAACUAGGGCCAACGAAGAGAAAAUGGAAUAAAGAUUGGUUCGAUAAAGAGUGUGAAAUUGCAAGGACAAACUGUUUUAAUAACUUAAAGAUGGCGAGAAAAAGGGGCCUAGCCUCAGAUUGGAAUGAGUAUAAGUCAGCCAAAAACGGUUACAGAAUUAUUUGCUAUAAUAAAAGAAUCCAAAACACUAAUGAUCUUGUCUUAUCAUUAUCAUCAGUAAAAGACUCCAAAAGCUUUUGGAAUAAUGUACGUAAAGUAAAUGGCAUAAAUUUCAUUGAAUUAAUAGAGGUUUUAGAGCGUUGCAAAGAAAAUAAAGCGCCUGGUGAAGAUAGAAUUCCAGCAGAAUUUUUAAAAUAUGCUUCAGCUGAAGGUAUCACAAGGAUUACAGAGAUUUUCAACUACAUAUACGAUAAUGCAGAAGUACCGGGAUGUUUUAAAAAUUCAAUAGUUUUUCCACUAUUUAAAGGAGGUGAUCCGCAUGAAGUAAAAAAUUAUAGAGGAAUAUCAUGUUUAAAUUCGAUAGCAAAAGGUUUUACAGGCAUAUUACAUCAACGUCUGCAAAGUUGGGUCGACGAUAAAAAACUACUAAGUGAAUUUCAAGCAGGCUUCAGGCGAGGUUACUCAACUGUGGACAAUGUUUUUAUUCUGACAAAUAUUGCAAAAUUAUACGUUGAAAAAGGAAAAAAAUUGUACGUGUUUUUUGUAGACUUUAAAGCCGCAUUUGAUUCUAUCGACAGAGAUGCUAUGUUUUAUAAAUUAAGUAAUUAUGGUGUAUCUACAAAAAUGAUAAACAUACUGAGGGCGUUAUAUUGUAACAAGACUGCAGCAGUAUGGGAUGGAAACAGUCUUUCUAAGUGGUUUUCUUCGAACACAGGAGUAAAACAGGGUUGCUUGAUAAGCCCUCUUCUUUUUGCGUUGUUCAUAGACGAUUUAAACAAUUAUCUUUCCGAAGGUAUCUUAAUAAAUGGUACAUGUAUUAAAUUACUAUUAUAUGCAGAUGAUUUAGUACUUAUAGCGGACUCACCUUUAAAGAUGCAAACUAUGAUCAAUGAAUUAUAUUCCUACUAUGUACCUCCAUCACAAAUACCACCAAAUCUGCGCCAAUCUUCUAAUUGUAUGAAUCAAAACUUCUCAGUACCUAAUGAAAUGACUGGUCUAGAUCAAACAUCUAAUAACGAUAUCCAUCCACAAAUAGUCAUAUCACAUUCAACACCAAUACAUCAAAUAGCUUAUGUUCCAAUUACGUAUUCUAUGGCUACUACUGCACCUCGAGUUGUUCCGAUAAACUCUACACCUGUGUCAAUAUCAAUAUUUUCAACAUCCAACGAUGUUGCUCCAUUCCGAAAUCCAUAUUUGGUAAAUUUGAAUAGGUCUAUAGUGGAUAAUUUAUAUUCUGAUCAAAUACCUAAUGAUGAGCUUAAUGCCAUUUUCACCCUUAAUUGA